UACUAUUGCACGAUACGGCGACGCUGCUCCUCCGUCAGCAGCAAUCGCUCCCGUCGGAAUCGUCGAUCCUCGAAACCCUUCCUCGCUCCGCCGUCGUUGAGCACGCGGUUAGGGUUCCGGCGAAGCUCCUCCUCUGUCAGGAAAUCCAAUCCGUGGCCCCUCUGCCUAACGUUGGAGCUGGCGAACGAACUCGCCCAAAUCGGCGUUCUCGUAGUCUGCCGUUCAGGGAUUGAAUUCAUGUCCGGCGUGUGAAUGAGCGACCGAGGCUUCCUCGGGUAGGAAGUGGAUGGAAGAUGCUCUUUUGGCCUUCCUUUUCUUGGUGUAUGGUCUGAACAGUCGUUCGAGCUGUUCAAUUACUGUCUUCGCGGAUUUUUUUGGUGUAAACAGCCCCUCAGCAUUGAUGAAGGGGAGGAUCAUCCAUGUACGACAAAGAUCAUUCAGUUGAGAAGGAAGCUGAAUCCCAUUGCUUACGCUUGCUGGUUCCUGACAUUGCACUCGGUUUCCCCCUUUUCCUUUUUUAACUUGUAGGCAUUACUGUGUGAGACACCGAGGUUAGAUAUCCGAGCCCUCCUUUCUGUGGCAUCUGCAAUAUUGUCCCUAAUUCUCUCAUGACUUAAAUAUGACUGCUGUUGAAAAACUCUUGCGGUCGAAUCUCCCUAAAACCUUGACUUACUAUCUGCAUCCUGUUUUGUCAUCAGCUACCCAACACUAUAAUGCUUCCUAUCAUGUAUCCUCUCUCUAUAAUUCAUCUAAGUGUAGGCACAAUUUGACGCAAACCGGUGCCAACCUUUGUUGGAGAAAUUGUCUAAAUGGUUCGCAUCACACCUAUGGCCAAUUUUCCUUGUACUCCUUAUAUUCAUCUAAACCCGCAUCAAGAUCUUUCAGAAGGAGAGCUAGUAAAAGAUUAAAAGCCAACAGCAGACCUACGCUUGAUGAAGCCCGAUUUAGACGGGUGCUUUCCCAACUCCCACCCAGAUUUUCAUCUGAAGAACUUUGCAAUGUCAUCACUCUCCAGGAGGAUCCUCUAAUUUGCUUGGAGCUUUUCAACUGGGCUUCUCAACAGCCUAGGUUCAGACAUGACGCUUCCACUUAUCAUAUCACGAUAAAGAAGCUCGGUGUUGCAAAAAUGUACGAGGAAAUGGAUGGUGUCGUUAAUCAAGUAUUAGCUGUUCCUCAUAUUGGGACCGAGCCUCUUUACAACUCCAUCAUAUACUUUUUCACUGAGGCAAGGAAGCUGACUAGAGCAGUCAAUAUAUUUAAGCAUAUGAAGAACUGCAUGAAGUUGGACUGUAGGCCUUCAAUUAGAACUUACAAUCUUCUAUUUGCAGCAUUUUUGAGCAGGGGAAGGAAUUCUUAUGUUAAUCAUGUGUACAUGGAGACCAUAAGAGGCCUCUUUAAGCAAAUUGUCAGUGAUGGGAUUGAACCAGACAUCUUUACUUUGAAUUGCAUGAUAAAAGGUUAUGUGCUUUCCCUCCACGUGAAUGAUGCUUUAAGAAUAUUUCAUCAGAUGGGUGUGGUUUACAAGUGUCAGCCGAACUCCUUCUCAUACAAUUAUUUAAUUCAUGGGUUAUGUGCCCAAGGCAGGACAAUAAAUGCGAUUGAGCUGUGCAAUGAAAUGAAGGAAAAAGGGUAUACCCCUAGCAGUAAGUCGUAUAAUUCACUAGUGAAUGCUUUGUCUUUGGGUGGUGAAGUUGAGGAUGCAGUGAAUUAUUUGUGGGAGAUGAUUGAAAAGCAGAUGUCAGUCGAUUUUAUCACCUAUAGGACAAUCCUUGAUGAGAUAUGCCGACGAGGAAGGGUAGAAGAGGCUAUGAUGUUGCUGAAGGGCCUGCAAGAGAAGGACGUUCUGGAUGUAGAUACUUAUAGGAAGCUUCAAUGUGUGUUUGAAGAUGAUUUUGGACAUUCAGAUCAUAGAAAUGUAUUCAGGAGUUAAAUCGUAUGUCCCGCUCUCUUCCUUCUCUGCUUGUUUGUUAGAAGAUCAAGCUGCAAUUCGCUUCCAUUAUCCGGGAUAGGAGCGGAGUGUGCCUCUAUGAUCAACAUGUCAAUUCUUAGGCAUGUGAAUAUUCUUGGUUCUAUGAGGUGCUUCUCAUCAUCUGGACCCCAAAUACUGAGGACCGGAGAUAUCUUAAGGCAAA